CUUUUACUCUCAUUUUCGCAACGCAAAGCGUCAUGUUUUAUGGAAUAUUCAAACCUUUUCUAGAAAUCAACUUUUCUAUGGCUAAGGUGUUAGCAUCUGUAAGACCGAUUUUGUUUUUGGUCCAAACGGUCAAAACCUCCCGGUGUCUUGGUAUAAGAACGAUAUCCUCGGAUUUUCGACCAGAACCUUGCCAAAGUGAAAAGUUGACUGAUAUUGGAACACGAAGAAUAUUUCAGAGUGAGCAUGAUAUAUUUCGAUCAACUGUGCGAAAAUUUUUUCGAGACCACGUUGUUCUGUUUCAUCCUCAAUGGGAAGAAGAUGGAGAAAUAGAUCGAGAAUGCUGGAUUAAAGCUGGCGAGGCAGGUAUAUUGGGCGUGAGCACUCCUUUGGAAAAAGGCGGCUUAGGCGGAGACUGGCUCUCUGCGGUCAUCAUACAAGAGGAGCAAUAUUAUUGUAACUGCCCGGGUCCUGGUUUCGGAUUGCAUUCGGAAAUUGCAAUGCCGUACAUUGCCAAUCAUGGCACUCCUGAACAAAUCCAAAAAUAUAUACCCGAUAUGACUGUAGGAAGAAAAAUAGGUGCAGUUGCCAUGACCGAACCCAGUGCUGGGAGUGAUCUACAGGGCAUAAAAACAACAGCGACCAAAGACGACAACGGAUGGAUUCUCAAUGGUAGUAAAACUUUUAUCACAAAUGGGAUACAAUCAGAUAUCAUUGUUGUGGUUGCAUUGACGAAUAAAAAAGCUAAAUCGGCAGCUCAUGGACUAAGUUUGGUUCUGGUUGACCGAGAUACUCCAGGAUUCACCCGAGGUAAAAAACUCAAAAAAAUGGGAUUCAAAGCACAAGACACGGCUGAACUGUUUUUUGAUGAUUGUAGACUUCCAGAAGACGCGAUUCUAGGCGGGGAAUCGGGAUUAAAUAAAGGGUUUUUCAUAUUGAUGCAAGAGUUACCGCAAGAACGACUAGGAAUCGCAAAUAUCUCCAUGUCCGCAUGUGAGUUUAUGUUUGAAGAAACGAGAGAAUAUGUCAAACAACGAAAGGCCUUUGGGAAACGCAUUGCAGAUUUGCAAACAAUUCAACACAAUCUGGCGGAAUUGAAAACCGAAAUUAGUGUUGCACGGGCAUUCAUAGAUCGUUGUAACGAGCUCCACAAUGUCGGGAAGUUGGAUUCUUCUACUGCGUCAAUGGCAAAGUAUUGGGCAACUGAUCUGAAUAACAAAUCAGCGUACAGAUUUCAGCAAAUGUUUGGUGGUGCCGGAUACAUGUGGGAAUAUCCGAUCGCAAGAGCCUACGUUGACGCGCGCCUAAAAUCGAUAUAUGGAGGAAGUAAUGAAAUCAUGAAAGAACUAAUUGCAAGACAAAUUGUGAAAGACUGACGAUUGAAUACAGACAACACUUAUCUGCCUUAUUUUUAUUAAUUGUGAAAAAAUGAAUUAUUUGUUUAUUAGUUGAAAUAGGGCGAGACCUUAUCUGGUUUAACUCAAACAACAAACCAGAUUCAAAUAUAUGUCUGGAACUACGUUUCCAAAAUAUUUGUCUUGACACGAUCCUGAUACAAACAGUUUGCUAGAGGCCUAAAUCGCCGUCUCUUUACAGCUGUGAUCGUUAAUUUCUUCAAACUUAGUCGGCGUCAUGCAUAAAUAAUUUUAUACAUAAAGAUGAGUUGCUUGUUCUUGUGUAUGUAUACAUGAAAAUACCCCGAAAACAAAUAAAACGUCUGGCAUGAAAGCGGAUGUUAAUUGACAGGUGAUAACUCGUUCGUCAGAAACGCCCAAGUCUAAACUAAAAAAGGCAAUCACACUUCUGCAUAUGUACUCGGCACUCUUUUAAUGGUAGAUUUCUUAUAGCAAUGAUUUACCAUUACACACACAGCACAAAAAUACAGUUAUUACAUAAUUACACUGAGACUACUAAAUACUCAAAAGGAGACUUUCACAAACCCAUUGUUAUUUCAUUCAAUUGCAAUGGAACAAAUCUCAGAAAAAUUUGAAAUGAACCAAUAACCGAGGUUAAGACUCAAAUGGAAGAUUUAUAGGAAAAUUGGUCACUUUAACAAAUAAUAUUUUCAUUAUAUCAGUGGGUAUCAGCCUAUUGAGAACAGUUUAGUAUAAUUGGAUUUGGUAAGGACAUUUACUGGAUACGUGACGAGAUACAGAUGAAAAAAUGACUAAAAGGUAGAUAUAUACAAGCACUAAAAUCGCAAGAGCAAACUUAAGGUGUCAGUGGGCUUUCACUUACAAUAUUGAAUAAAAUCAUUGUUCUUUAGCUAAAAAAACUUCUUCCUGUGCUAGUUAAAAUCGGUAACGCGUAUCACCAGACAAAGCCUCUGCACUUAUUGAUGAGCGCAGUGAGCAACCGACAUUUUUAGGAAGGCAGGGGUUGCUUGAAAUUUGAACUUUGCCUGGCGUGCGUUUUCAGCAAAAACAUCGUAUUGAAUUGAAUAUAUAUGUCAAAGUAAAUCACGGAUCUACACUGAUGAAAAAUUAUACAGCGACGGCUGUAAAGUGCUAUUGACAGAUAUUUAAAUAGGGAGACAUUUUCAAUAAUGUCUGGUUAAUUUCCAGACAAGGAAACUAACUACCUUUAAAAUGUCCUUGUGCACAAAUAAAGACUGAAAAUUUUUGUUAGUAUAGGCAUGUAACAUAAAAUUCUUGCUCAAGCUUAUUUACAAGUUAUGGGCGGCAAUAAUUUAAAAAUCAAACCUUGUAUUAGUCGUAUAACCAAUACAAUAAAAUAUUGCUGUACCGAUCUAAAAAUCAAUCUCUCAUUAGGCCAUAAAGCAAAUAAAAUUGAUUGUGUUGCUUCUAAAUUGAGUGUUAAUCGAUAUUAUAUUGACAAUGACAUUUAGGGAUAAUAUUUAAUAUGUUAUGAUGAAUAUUGAAUAACUUCAUUAGGUACAUGUUGCAAUAAUAUGACAUAGAAAGCAAAGACGAUUCAUUCACUCCUGCGAAAAAAAAAA